AUGUCGGGCAGCUACGAGCGCCUCGGGGGGGGCUGGUCGACGCGGGAGCGCGUGGUCGCCUGCGUCGGCGUCGUCGCGACGGCGGCGCUCGGCGGCCUCGCGCUGCUGCGGCUGCCCGGCGGCGCCGGCGCGCCGGCGCCGGCCCUCGUCGCGUCGACGGCGGCCAUCGACGCGUCGCCGACGAAGGCGAGCCUCCAGUUCCAGCUCUACAAGAUCGCGCUGAGCGUGCGCGAGGGCGAGGCCCACGCCGUGCACGACCUCGUCAACGACACCUUCGCGCACGUCGAUCCGAAUUUCGACCUCGGCUGCGACGGCGUGAAGAUCAACGGCUACCUCAUGUCCUACGGGCCCCAGGUCCACUGGGUCGAGGCGUCCAUACUGUCCAACGACCCCCAGCCCAUCAAGUACUGGCAGGACUACUUCGAGGAGCUCAACGGCGACCUGUCCUCAUGGAACGCGUUCAUGCACAACAAGGUGAGCAUGUUCACGUCGAACGUGACCGCGCCGUACCUGCGCAUGGUCGAGAACAAGAUCCCCCUCAUGCUGCGGACGUCCGACGGCUACAGCGGCAAGGCGAGCCCGACGGGCGAGCUCGCCCACGUCCUCUUCCAGGUCGCGGGCCGCAUGUACGAGAUCGCGGGCCCCGUGACCGCGGAGGUCCGGUCCGCGCUGGGCACGGACGACUGGGCGCCCUGGAGCGACUUCGAGUGCCCGACGGCCCACAUGCUCGACUCGAACCUCGACGAGUACGUGACGACCUACGACGGCUACGUCGCGGCGGCGAACACGGCGAUGCAGAAGUGGGCGGCGGACAAGGGCUACUACCCGCCCAUGCUCAGCGGCGUGUCCGUGUCCGCGGAGCACGGCGCGUCCGAGACGCUCGACGACGACGACCUCGUCGACGACCUCCAGUCCAUCGCGGACGUCCACAGCUACGCGGAGCUCGAGACGGACGCGUGCGCGAUCACGCGCAUCGAGACCGUGUCCGCCAAGGGCUUCCGGUCGCCCGUGCGCUACGUCGCCAACGCGUUGGCCAACGACGCCCUCGCGACGACGGACCCCGCCACCGGCGAGAAGACGGGGCUCACGGUCGAGGACUACAACAGCUACAUCUGGAAGACGCACGCGGAGAUCGCGGGGUCCUACGACAACUGGGCGGGCUGGGACCACUGGAUGGACCAGCACAUCGGCCUCAAGUACGUCGGCUCCGACUCCUGCGCCGUGUCCCACCAGCUCAACGCCAACCUGACCGCGCGCGGCGUCGCCGUCGGCCAGCGGACGACGGCCGACUACGGCGCGGAGAAGGCCAUCCACUGGUACACGGGCUACGCCGGCUCCAUGACCUGGGAGUACUGGGUCACGGGGUGCCCGUCCUACUCCACGGACUCCGAGGCCGACGUCUGCGCCUGCCACGCGUCCAACAACGACAAGAUCUUCCUCGAGGAGACGGGCGCGAACUGCACGCGCUUCGGCGAGGACAAGUGGCUCAUCCACGACCGCGCCUAG